UGUGUGUAACCAAAGCUAUACAUAAACAAGUCUGGUGUAACUGUGUAUGAAUAAUAAGUAUAGUACGUGCGCGCGUGUGCCGGUUUCAUCUCCAACUUGCUCUUCCUCUUGGCUUUAGCGGCUUGUGCCUCUCAUACUUAAAUUAAGCAAUACACAAGCGUGCAAUGGCGUCUGGGACACUCUACACGUAUCCGGACAACUUCCGGGCCCACAAGGUGCUCAUCGCCGCCGAGUUCUCCGGGGCCCACGUCAAGGUAGCCGGGGACUUUGUCUUUGGCGAGACCAACAAGACCGAGGAGUUCCUCAAGAAGUUCCCGCUUGGCAGGGUUCCAGCCUUUGAAACUAGCGAUAAUCAAUACAUUUCUGAAAGCAAUGCAAUUGCUUAUUAUGUUGCUAAUGAGCAGCUCAGAGGGAAAACAGAGUCAGAGCAGGCUCAAGUUAUUCAAUGGAUGAGUUUUGCUGACUCUGAAGUUUUGCCAGCUAGCAGUGCAUGGGUGUUUCCUCUACUGGGUAUCAUGCCCUACAACAAACAUAACGUUGAGACUGCUAAGGAAGAUGUUCACAAAGUCUUGAAAUACUUGAAUGAAUACUUGCAGCAAAAAACUUAUCUGGUCGGUGAAAGGCUUACAUUAGCUGACAUCUGUGUCUCCAUGACCUUCUCCUACUUAUUUAAAUAUGUUCUCGAUAAGAGCAUACGUGAUAAAUAUGAAAAUGUUGAAAGGUGGUUCAACACAGUAAUUGGUCAGCCCCAAGUCCAAAAAGUUAUUGGAAAUUUUGUUUUGUGUGACAAACCUGUAGAAUUCGAUCCCAAAAAGUAUGCAGAAACUCAAUCAAAGAGUGGAAAGAAAGACAAGAAGGAAAAGGAGCCUAAGGCUCCCAAAGAGGAAAAAAAGAAGGAAAAAAAAGAAGCGGAGCCAGCUGAGGAGCUCGACGCUGCUGACGCAGCUUUGGCAGAGGAGCCAAAGUCGUCCAAUCCUUUCGAUUCUAUGCCAAAAGGUACUUGGGAUAUGGAAGAUUUUAAACGGUUUUAUAGUAAUCAAGAUGAAAAAGACUCCAUCCCUUACUUCUGGGAGAAGUUUGAUCCACAGAAUUACAGCAUCUGGUUUGCAGAAUACAAAUAUCCAAAUGAGCUGACAAAGACUUUCAUGUCUUGCAACUUGAUCAGUGGAAUGUACCAGCGUUUGGAAAAGAUGCGAAAGGCUGCUUUUGCUAGCGUGUGUCUUUUUGGAAAGGACAAUGACAGUACCAUUAGUGGUAUUUGGGUCUGGCGCGGACAGGAUCUUGCUUUCGAGUUGUGUCCCGAUUGGCAGAUCGAUUACGAAUCUUACUCCUGGACGAAACUAGACGCAACAGCAGAAAAAACAAAAGAUCUUGUAAAGCAGUACUUCAGCUGGACAGGCAAAGACAAGGAUGGUCGUGAAUACAAAGAGGGCAAGAUCUUCAAAUAAAACCAACUUCUACAUUUUUAAAAGUAUUCGUAAUAAAAAAAUUAAUUAAGUAAAACACAA